CUCUGUUACCUUAAACAAAUCAACAAAUCAAAGUUACUGUUAUCUCACACCCCAAAGACCAUUUCUUUCUUUGGUCACUUUCUUCAUUUGGCCAUCUCUUCUGUCAUCCUCCCCUUUAAAAGCUGGCUCAAGCUCUCCUUAAAGCCCCCUCUCGGCCAACAUUAUAUAUAUCUCUCUCUCUUUUUCUCUCUCAGGACAUAUCACAAGCACCUGGUGUGCAUCAUGAGAGGGGGUUAUGAAGUGGUUGAUAUGAUACAACCCCAUGAACAAUGGGACUAUGUCUCAACUGGGUUUCAAGUUCCAGUUUCAAAUUCGUUUACAAAGCCCAUUGUCACUGACAAUCGGUUCGAGAGGAAUGAACUCUCUGAAUGGGUUGAAAAUGUAACAAAGCAGCUCAUUGAUGACUUGCCUGAGACUGCUUCAGACAGCUUACAAGCUGAGACUACAAUGGCAGCUUGUGAUGAUAUUAAUGUAAACAACAUUAAUGUGUCAUCACUCUUGAUGGAUUAUAGGCCGCGGAAGAUAGCGAGAAGAAGCUUCUUUGAUGGCAAUAAUGAAGAAGAUUGCAAUCAACCAAACAUGUGUGAUAAUAAUCGUGCGUUGAGUGCAUUAGAUGAGCGUGGAUUAAGCCUAAUAACGCUCCUUUUGGAAUGCGCGGUGGCGAUUUCGGUUGAUAAUCUUGGUGAAGCUCAUAGAAUGUUACUUGAGCUUACACAAAUGGCUUCCCCUUAUGGAGCCUCUUGUGCUGAAAGGGUUGUGGCUUACUUUGCUAAGGCUAUGGCAAGUCGGGUUAUUAAUUCAUGGCUUGGAAUUUGUUCUCCAUUGAUCAACUACAAGAGUGUUCAUUCUGCCUUUCAAGUCUUCAACAAUGUCUCUCCUUUCAUCAAAUUUGCUCACUUCACAUCCAACCAAGCCAUCCUCGAAGCUUUUCAUCGGUGUGACAUGGUUCACAUCAUAGACCUUGAUAUCAUGCAAGGCUUGCAAUGGCCGGCUCUAUUCCACAUCCUAGCAACUAGAAUGGAAGGUCCACCACACAUAAGAAUGACAGGCAUGGGAGCUUCAAUGGAGCUUCUAACAGAGACAGGGAGGCAACUCUACAAUUUCGCAAAGCGACUAGGAUUGUCUUUUGAGUUCCACGCGAUCGCCAAAAAGAUCAGUGAACUUGAUGCUUCAAUGAUACCACUGAGAAGAGGAGAAACCAUAGCAGUGCAUUGGCUACAACACUCACUAUAUGAUGCCACAGGACCUGAUUGGAAAACAAUGAGACUACUUGAACAAUUGGGUCCAAGAGUGAUUACAUUGGUUGAGCAAGACAUUUCUCAUGGUGGGUCAUUCUUGGAUAGGUUUGUUGGGUCUCUCCAUUACUACUCCACCAUUUUUGACUCACUUGGUGCUUGCCUAUCUAGUGAUGACCCAACUAGACAUAGAGUGGAGCAUUGUCUUCUGUAUAGAGAAAUCAACAAUAUAUUGGCAAUUGGAGGACCAGCAAGAAGUGGUGAAGAGAAGUUCAGGCAUUGGAGAAGUGAACUUAUUGCAAGGAACAAUUCCUUUGUUCAGGUCCCAAUGAGUGGGAAUUCAAUGGCUCAAGCACACCUUAUACUUAACAUGUUUCCUCCUGCUCAUGGGUAUAGUCUUGCACAAGGAGAUGGUACACUUAGGCUUGGAUGGAAAGACACUAGCUUGUUUACUGCUUCUGCUUGGACAUAUGCAGGUUCUAGAUAGUCAGGGGUCUGUCUUAAUUGAUCAAUCUUCAAUUAGUGUGACUGUUUUUUGUACUUUUGAUCUUCUUGGAGAAUUGUACUGGUGAAGUUAUAGAAUUGGAGCUGCAGAACCAAAUGGGUCUGCAAUCCAAUAAUAGGAGAUUAAUUGUACAUGGAAAGUGCUAAUGAGAGUUCCAUUUCACAAAGGUCAA